AUGGGAACAAUACCAAUGCAUGAGUUGUUUGGUUUACCAGAAGAUGAUUAUUGGUCAGUGUUUAAGCAUCGUGCAUUUGGUAACAAAAGUGAAGAGAGACCAAGUCUUGUAAAAAUUGGGAAGGAGAUUUUCAGGAAGUGCAAGGGAAAUCCGCUAGCAGCAAAGACUUUAGGAAGCUUAUUGCGGUCCAAAAGUGAGGAAAAGAAGUGGGUUUCCGUUAAGGAAAGUGAACUUUGGAACCUUCCACAAGGUGAAAGUUCCAUCCUGCCAGCUUUGAAAUUGAGCUACCUUCAUCUGUCAAUUAAAUUACGACGAUGUUUUGCAUUUUGUGCCAUGUUUCCAAAGGAUUAUCGAAUAGUUAAGGAAACAUUAAUUCAUCUGUGGAUAGCUAAUGACCUUAUAUCUUCCAAAGGAAAUAUGGAGGUGGAAGAGAUUGGGAAUAAGAUAUGCAAGGAAUUAUAUUCGCGAUCAUUCUUUCAAGAUGCUAUCGACGAAGGAUUGGGUUGUUUCAAGAUGCAUGAUCUAGUACAUGAUUUGGCUCAAAGUAUCAUGGAGGAUGAAUGUCAUGUUAUAGAGAAUUAUCGCCCAGUUAAUUUGUCAGAAAGCGUUUGUCACUUAAUGUGGAGUUACUCUGACCCACCAUUUGACAUGGUUUUUGCUUUAUGCAAAGCGGAAUCCUUGCGUACUUUAAUGUUGUUGAGUUCUGUCAAAAAGAUUAAACCGCACAAGUUUCUUCAUGGCUUGGAUGUUCAUUCUUUAAGAGCUUUUGUUGCUGUUGGUGUUGUAGUUCUCUGA